AUGGUAAAGAGGCUGGCCCGCCCUUUGGGCGGUAUGUUACAUCGCGUUCUCUUGUCGUUGAGAGACCUGACCCCCAUAGUCCUGGUCAUUGCCUUCUUCCAAAUCAUCGUUCUGCAGCAGCCCUUUCCCAACUUGUGGAACGUGAUGUUCGGCCUGCUUUGCGUGGUCGGCGGACUCUCCUUGUUUAUGCAGGGACUGGAGUACGGGUUGUUUCCCCUGGGAGAAACCCUGGCCCAGGGCUUUGCCAGAAAAGGCAGCCUGCUGGCCCUGUUGACCUUUGCCUUUUGCCUGGGCUUCGGCGCCACCGUAGCCGAACCGGCCCUUAUAGCCAUCGCAGACGAAGCGGCCCGGGUAGCUUCGGAAGCGGAAGCAAUAGCCAAUAGCGAGGCGGCCCGCUCCAGCUAUGCAUUUAACCUUCGCAUGGUGGUCGCGUUUUCGGUAGGCGGAGCAGUGCUGUUGGGAGUGCUGCGCAUUCUCAAGGGCUGGCCUAUACAUCGACUAAUUAUUGGAGGUUAUGUACUGGUCACCCUGAUGACCUUGAUGGCCCCACCAGAAAUCGUGGGGAUUGCCUACGACUCCGGAGGGGUUACCACGAGCACCAUGACCGUACCACUGGUAACCGCUCUGGGCGUUGGCCUUGCAACCACAAUCCGGGGCCGCAAUCCGCUGGUGGACGGCUUUGGAAUAAUCGCCCUGGCCAGCCUGACACCCAUGGCCUGUGUAAUGGCCUACGGGAUGUUGGCAUGA